AUGGCCGUCUCCAUGUCUCUCGCCCAACUUCCCCUCCACCAAUCAGCUGCAUCCCUCACUUCUUCAAGAUGUCGCUUUUCACCAACCGUGCCUAACCCCGCUAUAAAUGCCGGUCUUCGGUUCCGACCAACCAGGCAUGUAGGCAUCCGAGCCUCCGCCGAGCCUGAACCAUCCCAAACGUCCGAAUCCACGUCAGCAGUGAAGGAGCCAGCAGCCGGCAAGGCGGCGGCCGGCAAGGGGUUCGGGAAGGCGCCGCAGCAGCCGGCAGUGGUUCGGCGGCCGGCGCCGUCACAGCCGCUACUGUCGACUCAGCCGAUGGGCGAGGAGGAGAAGAAGGCUGCGGAGAUCGAGACGGCCGUGGUGGCUUCCCUAGGGUUCGUCUUCGUCCUCAUCAUCCUUGAAGGGCUCUUCCUCGCCGCUGCCGGCUUUCUAUCGGAGGAGCUGGAUCAGAUGGCAAUGGAUCUGGUCUACCCCGCCUUCUCCCCCACGGUGGCCGUGUUCCUCCUGGGCGCCACUGCCUACGGUGCCUUCAAGGUCAUCGGCAUCGGCGGCAAGAAGCAGUAG